CAACCUGCAAAAAAAAAAAUUAAAUGAAUAUAUUUUAAAAAAACUGUAAAUGACGUACAUAUACAGAUUCCAGUGCAUGUCAUGUAAGUGUCCAAUUUUAACGCCCGAGAGAUGCACGACCGAUGACGUGGAGCUUACUGAACGAGGCUUCAGUCUCCACGUCAUCUCCUACGACGUCAUCACGGACCAGUCGGACUCAGCGGAUGGAAAACACUGCGCGAAGUCUCUCCAUGUCCUCGUCCUUCCUGUUUAUCUUCUGACCCUGAUGCUGCAUGUGUGUGUGUGUGUGUGUGUGUGUAAUGUGGAAUUGCUCAUCAGCACCAGGCUAAAACGCUCGAGGUGUCAGAUUACGUUUAUUUAUUGUUCCUCACCUCUCGGUGUUCAUAUUUAAUCAGCUGCAUGCAGCACAGAUUACGUUGUUCUUUCUCUCUGAACGUCAUCUUCAUCACUUAUUUAUAGACACUAAUUGUGUAAGAGCAGCUUGAGUGUAUUUAUUACCUUGUCGGGACGUUCGGGAGAUGAUGUAAGACAUUACAGAACACACUUUAGCUUUCAAUAGCUGUUUGUUUUCAAUACCAUCUCAUUGCAUCCUUUAGGAUUGUCAGAUAUUGAUUUAUUUUAAUUUAAUUGAUUUAAUUUACAGAGGUCCUACGCAAAAUACGAAAAGGUCGGUAGGUUUGAGAAUAUAAGGUAAUCAGAGUAAACGUGAUUGGACACCACGGCAGUGUAAUAGUGGAGGCGAUUAAAUCGUUGUAUCACUCAAGCCUAGCGCUAUUAACUGUUCAGAAUCCUUUUUGUGAAUCGAUUCUUUUUAAUGAAUCACUCAAAUCAGUUCACACCUUUUGGAGCGUCUUGUUUGCCUUGUUGGAACGAAUCUGUCCUGUGAGUCGAUUCUUGUAAUGAAUCACUCAAAUCGCUUCACACCUGAAUUGACUCUUUUGGAGCGUCUUGUUUGUCUUGUUGAAGCGAAUCCGUCUUGUGAUUCGAUUCUUUUAAUGUAUCACUCAAAUCAGUUCACACCUGAAUCGAAUCUUUUGGAGCUUCUCGUUUCUCUUGCGGGAGCAAAUCCUUCUGGUGAACCGAUUCUUUUUAAUGAAUCACUCGAACCAGCUCACACCUGAAUUGAAUCUUUUGUAUUGUCAGACACCAUUUCACCUUCUUUCUUAUCAGAUCAUUGCAUCAUUGUGUGUGUGUCUGUGUUUGUGUGUGUGUGUGUGUGUGUGUGUGUGUGUGUGUGUGUGUGCGUGUUUGAUCAAUACUGCUGAACUGCAGAAGCUUUGCAUUUAGAGAACAAAAACAAGAACAAAAUAAUUUUUUAUUUACUCGGACCACUUGUGUCCCAAACCCUCAACCCUGGCUUUAAGCUGCUUCAUGUUUUUUUCGAUGUGUGUGUGUGUGUGUGUGUGUUCCUCUCUACUGAACAGACUUGCGCAAGGUGUGUGAAAAGCAGCAAGAAUUUGCAUGUUGUGCAAAAGUGGCUUUCCCAUCCUAAUUGAAACUUUCUUGCUCUUUGGCCCUGUAAUGAACAUCACCCACUCACUCUCCUCCUUCCUGCCCCCUUCAUGCCUUUCUGACUCGAUUAUCACAGCAGUGGGGCAGGUUACACACACGCACACACACACACACUCAUCGGCAACCUCAUUGGAUUUUUAAAUCUUUUGUAAUGGCCCGGAUUGGGUUAAUAUGAUUGGAUGUGUGACAGUGUACAGUGUGGUUAACAUUACACUAAACCGGUUUAUCCCACAGCACCUGCUGAGUUCUGCGUUCUGAUUGGUCAGAAGGUGUUGAUUAAUUCUCUAUAACAGCAGCUCUGACAGUAGUGCAGGUUUAUAUUAACGUUAUGGUUUCUAUAGUAACAGCUCAUUCACAGGGACGUGUACGGAGGAUGCUCUACUGAUGAUAUACAGAUGAAAUAAAAUGGUUACUAUGGUGACUUGUAAUUUUCCUGACAUCUUCUGGACAGAGGAGGUUUUUUUUUGUGGUUUCUUUUGUCUUCCAAAAGUUGUGACAGCUGUGGUUUUGUUUUUGUUUAUUUUCUUAGAAUGAAAAAAACUUGGUUAUUUUUAUUGAGAGAUUAGAUUAAUUAACAAUUAACCUCCAAUAAAUUUAUUUAUUUAUUUACUUAUUGCCCAUUUUACAGGUCACAUGAUUAAACAGACAGAAUUUAUCCUGUUGCAGUGUUACAUCUGCCGUCCUCACAAGCUGACACUGGAGACUCCUUCCAUCAGUGUUGCAUAAACACACAGAAAACUUCACCACGUCAACAGUCCGCUUGUUAUCAGUCCGUCUGAAUGAGCUGUUACUAUAGAAACCAUACCCUAUUAUUUUAAUACGGACCUUUGACCUGCAGCUACACUACUUUAAAAUGAAAAAUGAAUCAGCACCUUCCGACCAAUCGGAAUCCAGAAUUCUUUAACGUUUAAUCACAUGUCCAUGCGACGCCGCUGUGUUUUUUCUUUUUCUAGCGUAUGGAGCCACGGAAUCUCUCAGUAAAGUAUAAAGCUGAUAAGAUUUAUAAACGUUUAACUUUAGACACUUUUAAGCAAUAUUUUGGCAGCACAUUCUAAUGUUCAAAUGUUCAUUAGAAAAAGCUAAUCAGGUUGAAUUUGAAUUAUGAGUUAUAUUAUGUACACACACACACACACACACACACACACACACACACACAGAGGAAAUCUAAAUACACGUUUCAAUAAGCAUUGUAAAAAUAUAUGUUGUAUAAAUCUUUUUUUUUUUGUAUCUAUAUUUAAUGUAUAUUUACUGAUGCUGAACUGAAUGAAACCCAAAAAAUAAAAACCGGGUGACGUCGCUUCUAAAUCCGCGCAUGCGCGUCUCAGCCUCCAGUCGGAAACGUAUUGUAAACCCGUUGUAGCCCGCGUGCGCGUCCGCGUCCGCCUUAACUCUCUACAUCCUUUUCUUUUCAUUCAUCCGCCUUCUAUCCAUCAUUUCUGUUCAUCAGGUCAAUUUAAUCUCUCUGUAAAAGGGCGCUGGAGAGCCUCCCCUUCCUCCUCCUCCUCCUGCUGCUGCUGUCCUUUUCUCCUCCCUCUAUUCUCCCUCUCUCUCUCUCCCUCUCUCUCCCUCUCUCUCUCUCUCUCUCUCUCUCUCUCGGACCGGAGGACCGCGGUGGAAAUACAAAUAAACGCCCGGAUAUUUUCUUUCCUUCUUGCCGAACGGACCUCCGGUUUGAGUUUAUUUCAGUUUAUUGGAGUGACAUUAGCGUCUUGUGUGCGGUAUGAGCGCAGCAGCGCGCGCGCCGUGUUGAGCCGUUAUACAGGCGUUAUGACGCGCACCGCGGAGUGAACUGGAUCUCCCAAAUCCAGUGAGAUGUUCGAGUUGGUUCAGGUGCUGUGUUGUGGAGAGACACGCCCACUGAGCGCCGAGGCGCCGGUGAAGAGAGACAUUAAGAGUUGAGGCAGGACACGGCUGAGCAAGGACACGUCCGUGGUAGUGUUGGGAUCUUGAGCUCGAUUGGCUAAUGCCGCUGUGAUUGACGGGAGAGAGAGUAUGCCCCUCCCACCCAGGAAACAUGGGCAGUUUUGCUUCAACUCGCGAUCUCUGGAUGAUGAUGAUGAUGAUGAUGAUCCGCUGAUUCUCAGAGAAUCUUUAUCACACUCGCUCACGCCUAAGACGCUCAGUAUCCCACAAUGCUGUGCGUUUUCCGGUGUUUACUUACAGCCAGUAACUCCCCCCGCAGCACUCCGGGCAGUUCUCCGUCUCUACGGCGACGGGUGCUGGGUGGGCGGGCCAGCGAGGGUGAGGGGCAGAAUGAGCGCACUAGAGGGGGCGGAGCUGAAAGCUCUUCACUGCCCACAGCCUCCUCUUCUUCCUCCUUACUCCCUACACUCUCCUCCUCUACCUCCAACUACCCAAUCAGCUCACGGCACUUCACCCGCAAUGCCAAGAAAAUGCAAAGCUGGUACAAUGUUCUCAGUCCCACCUAUAAACAGAGGAAUGAAGAGUUCCGUAAACUUUUUAAGAAACUUCCAGAAACGGAGCGUCUGAUUGUAGAUUACUCGUGUGCUCUGCAGAAGGACAUCCUGCUGCAGGGGCGUCUCUAUCUGUCUGAGAACUGGAUCUGCUUCUACAGCAACAUCUUCCGCUGGGAGACCACUAUCACACUCCUGCUGAAGGAAGUGACGAAUCUGACUAAAGAGAAAACGGCUAAACUCAUCCCAAACGCCAUCCAGAUCAACACCGAGCAGGAGAAGCAUUUCUUCACAUCUUUCGGAGCGAGGGAUCGCAGCUACAUGAUGAUCUUCAGACUGUGGCAGAAUGCGCUAAUGGACAAAACGCUGUCUCCUAAAGAGCUUUGGCACAUCGUACACCAGUGUUAUGGCACGGAGCUCGGGCUGACGAGUGAGGACGAUGAUUACGUCUCUCCCACCGGUGAACACGUCAACGGCCUGCUGCCGGGUGAUGAUUCCUCCUCCGAUGUGAUGGAUCUUUCCUCAGCCUCGGCAGCUCUCGGAUCUUCUCCUCCAUCAUCGUCUUCAUCUUCCGUUCAGCCCAUGGAGGUUCAGCCACCCAAACACAGCGCAGAUCUGGAGCCGAGCCCAAAUACACACUCCACCACACACUCUACCUCCACCAUCGCUGCUAUGGUGAGCCUCAAUUUAGAGGAAAGUGAGCAGAACGGUCAAUCGGAACCGACCAGUCAGGUGCCACCGAUGGUUCACGCGUCAUCGCUGGAGAUGACCAACGACGAGGACCUUCCCACUGACCCGAGCAACUCGUCCGACACGCAGGAAGAGAGUGAGGUGGAGUCGUUCUGUGGUGAUCUGCGAGGUCGGCUCCACAUUAACACAGUGGUGAGGAUGAGUGUGGACAAACUGCACGAUCUGCUCUUCUCUGACACACACUUCCUGCAGCACCUCUUCUCCCAGCGCAACUUCACCGAUCUGUCAGUACAGGAGUGGCAGAAAGACAGCAGCAGUGGGAUCAACACUCGAGUUCUGAGUUACACCAUCGCCAUUAACAACCCCCUCGGCCCUAAAACAGCCCCCGUGGUGGAAACACAGACUCUCCAUAAGAGCAGUUCCCAAGGUGUGUGUUACGUGGUGGACUCAGAGGUGAUCACGUCAGGAAUCCCGUACCAGGAUUACUUCUACACCGUACACAGAUACUGUCUCACCUCCGUCAGCACGCAGAAGAGCCGCCUCAGGGUCUCGUCAGAUAUCCGCUACAGGAAGCAGCCGUGGAGUCUGGUGAAGGCUCUGAUAGAGAAAAACACCUGGAGUGGCAUAGAGGAGUACUACAGACACAUGGAGGUGGAGGUGUGUAAGUUGGAGACGCUGCUCCAGUCCGAGGUAUCAGUGGUGUGUUUGGGAGAAUCAGAAGCGGUUAAAGCUCCUCCCACACUGCGCAGGCGCAAGCACACUGCCUUGAAACGUGCAGAGGGGGCGGGAUAUGGGGGUGGGGCCACAACCCAAGGGGGCAUGGCCCAUAGGGAGCGCAGAGACACAGGUGCACAGUACCUGAAGUUGGGCGAGAGGUGGCGUGGUUCUGCAAACAACAACAGCAUCACCCUCCUGCUAAUCAUCAGCUUCAUUCUGGUGGUUUUAGUAGCUCUGAACAUGAUGCUGUUCUAUAAGCUGUGGGCUCUGGAGCGAGCCGCUCACACACUUGAGACAUGGCACUCAUACUCACUGUCAGACAGUCCUCUCCCCCAGUCGUCGUCUGAGUGGAUGAAGGUUCUGCAGUUACAGCGUCAGUUCCAUCAGACGCAGCUGAAUAAGUGGCAGCAAAUCCUACACUCCUCAGUCACACUGCUCGACCAGAUGAAACAGUCUCUGGAGAAUCUACACAGAGGAAUAAUCAGACCCGAGGAACAGGACACUGUCGCUCCUCCUCCAUCUGAACCUCCAACAUCACCCACAACAGACACACUGACUGAGCAGUGACACACACACACACACACACACACACACACACCUUCUGACUGUUCACUGAUCUUUUAUGGACUGCGACCAUGUGAUUGGGUAAAAUUACCCAGAAUGCUCAGCCCCUCCCACUGUGACUAACUGUGAAUGCAACGCUGCCUUCCCUUGCACCCUAAACCCUUCAGCCUACACCCUAAACCCUACACCCUCAACCCUACAGCCUACACCCUAAACUCUAUACCCUACAGCCUACACCCUGAACCCUACACCCUAAACUCUAUACCCUACAGCCUACACCCUGAACCCUACACCCUAAACUCUAUACCCUACAGCCUACACCCUGAACCCUACACCCUAAACUCUAUACCCUACAGCCUACACCCUGAAGCCUGAACCCUACACCCUCAACCCUACAGCCCACACCCUAAACCCUACACCCUAAACUCUAAACCCUACACCCUAAACCCUGUACCCUACGGCCUACACCCUAAACCCUACACCCUGAACCCUAACUCACUAAAGCAAUAAAUCAGUGGUGGUUUGGGACAGAGCCAAACUGUUCACUCCUGUGUGAUAUUCAAAAUAGGACAUGACCACCAUUGACUCUCUCCCUCUCUGUAUGUGAGUAAUCUGCCUGUCCACACACACACACACACACACACACACACACAGAGUUCUAAACAGAAGAGGCGGGCCCUCGUUCUUCAGAGCUUCUUCCUGUUUUUCUGGGGUCAGAGGUGCGCCCCCUCCUCAUCUACGGACUGAUGUUUUACUUCCUUCAGCAGCGUGAUCACUUCAUCACUGUUUAAUGAUUACCCAGAAUGCUCAGCUGCUACAUGCUUCAGUUUUUCAUCUGAACAGUUGGAUGUUGAGAGACGGUGCGAUCGACCGCUUCAGUAUUUAUUUCUCAGACUGAAUGAAAAUCUCGUCGUGUGUGUGCGCGUGUGUGUGCGCGUGUGUGUGCGUGUGUGUGUGCGUGUGUGUGUGUACGCGACGGGAAGCAGGACCACGACCACAACAGCAAUAAUCAUGCCGGGGAAACGUGUGCUAUUUAUCAUGAGACGCGGAGCUGCCUGUACGAGUGAUGUGAAAGCGCUCAGUAACCGGGUCUGAAAUUAACUCCAUUAGCCAAGAAACUCCAUGAAAUUAGCGUCCGGGAAACAAGUUAAUCCAGUAUAUCUUUCUGUGUGGGAUCAACCUAAUUAUCAUAAGUGUCUGUUGUGAAAAGGGAUUUGCAUAACCCCGCCCACAAGAGUGUGAUGCACUGAAGCAAGCGUACACGUCUGUGCUUUUCCAGAAAACGAGGCGUCACCGACACAAGAGCGUUUACAUCUUUAAUUAUUUUACAUCCCAACAUCAGUCCUCCGGUCCACAAGGAGGCGCUGCAGCAGAAGUCUUUUCACAACCGCAGUGAUCAUAAACACCUGUGGAAUUUUGGGCAGAAAUAAAUAUUGUAAUUGAUUAAUACACGGACAAUAAUUUCUAAAGUGAGACAAAAGUUAAUUUCAGACCUUGUUUUUUUUUAAUUAUUAUUAUUUUCACUUUUGUAUCUCUCUCUCUCUCUCUCUCUCUCUCUCUCUGCCUAAGUAUUAUAUUUAUUUGAUGUUACACUGACGAGUGUGUCCGAGCCGCUCGGCGUGCGCACUCUUCUGUCCUUAUCGUGUAUUUUAUUGGAUCAAGACUUGAAGUGAUCAGGGUUACUGUAGAUCUGCAGGCGCGUGCCGAUCAUCGGUUAUACGAUACAUCAUAUCGAUAUUCAUCACCAUAUUCAACUGGAAACAUCGUCACGUUCUGUUUCACCCGGUUCUGCCAAGAGCUAGAGGUCCCAGAUGUUCAACCAAACAUCUGUCGGAUCUUCUUCAUAAUCGGAUGUCUGAUUAAAGACAAAGCACUCGAGACACCGUCUAAGUGAAAUGAUAGCAAUAAUUAUUUACUUUCUGAAAUAUUCUCUCUUUACAGUUAAAGUUUUUCAAACAUUAAAUAAAAGAUUACUCGGCGAUUCCUGACGUAACGUAAUUUUGAUCUAAAUUUAAUUAAAGAAAUGUUCAGAACGAAAAUGUAGUCCAGUUUCUGUUCAUUUUUCUGGAAGCGUGAUAAGCCCCGCCUCUUCUCUGUGUUUUUUUUUUUUUGCAGGUUGCAGCGUUUAACCAAUCACGAUCGUUUCUCUCGGCAGGUCUGCUCUGAUUGGCUGCUGGCAGCCGCAGUAAGAGAGCGCGAGACGUUAACGUAACGUGACGUAGCCGCAGUGACGCCAUAAAAAAGAGAAGGAAACAGUUUUUAUUACGGAAUCCUCACGACGCCGUCUUUCACACAGGGGAGCUAAAGUAUUUCCACGGAUCUGAGCAAUAUUAAUAAACUAACUUCAGUUUUUCUUCACUGUCACCAUGGUAACCUGCUAACACCCUGGACCGGUGUAAAGUAUGUAACAUAUCGUAAAAUAUAUAUAUAUAUAUAUAUCGUAACCCGCGAUUAAUGCAACGUAUAAACGUAUCGGCACACGCCUGCUGUAGAUGCGACCAUCUGAAAGUACACACACGCACACACACACCCACACACACACACAUACACACAUACACACACACAUUGUAAUAUUUAUGUUGCUGUUUAAACUCUGAGGACCAAACGGAGCUCGGGCUCAAAGGGACGUCCCUCGCUGUGUCUCUCUGCAUUUCACACCUUGUGUUGUUUUUACAAUUUUAGCUGCUGUGUGUGUGUGUGUGUGUGUGUGUGUGUGUGUGUGUGUGUGUGUGUGUGUGUGUGUGUGUGUUGUGUAUUUUUUAGUGAUGAUGUCUGUUACUGCUGUUCCUCAUCCUGCACUCCUCCUCCCUCCCUCUCUCUCUCCCUCUCUCUCCCUCUCUCUCUCCCUCUCUCUUCCUCUCUCUCCAUCUCUCUCUCUCCCUCUUUCUCUUCACGUUUGUAUUUAUUUGUGUUAGCGUGGAGGAGGAAGUGUGAUUUUGCUGUAAAGAUCUGAUUCGGAUGGUGAAAGAAAUAAAACUAGAACGUUUAGUAAAA